UAUGAUGGGGGUGGUGAAAAUCUGCCCAGAUGAAAACGACUUAAACCAACCUACCCGCCGAGACUUCGUUUGUGGGAUUGAUGGGUGUCAGCGGUUGAUGUCACAUGUCCCAGCUUGGCUCAUGCACAAAGUACAUGUGCAUAAAAUGAUUGAGAAUGAUACAGAGAGAGCCUUGAUGACUAAAACCCCAAAAGUGAAAGAAAAGUUAGAGCAACAAUUUUACUGCCCCAAGAAAGAGUGCUACUAUGGAGCAGAAGCAGGUGUUAGACAUUUCCCAACAUUUAAUGCCCUCAGACAGCACUAUAAGAGAAAACAUGCUGAGAAGCAGUUCAAGUGCAACCAAUGCCCAAGUGCAUUUGGAAGAGAAUGGGACCUGAAGCAUCAUAUGAAAACCUGCAAUCCUGGGGCUGUUUUCAAGUGCACAUGUCAAAAGUUUUAUGGCAGUGUUAAUUCACUUAAAAGGCACUGUUUGGAUCAGAAACAUAAGCCUGAGACACCAGAUCACUUCGAAGAUCCACCUGCCUCAAGAAAGAAAAGAGCUGUGAAAGAGGAAAAGAAGCCACAAAUAACUGUGAUAUAUCUUAAUGCUACACCAAUGCCAACAUCUCAAGUGCCGACCACUUCAACUGCAUCAUCAACACCCAUGACUAACAUGCCUUUGAAACAGACAUGUCUACCAAUGCAAGUGUCCCUUCCAACUACUGGAAUACAAGCAUUUACAGCUGUAUCACUACACGCAUCAACAGCUGUCUUACCACAAAAUUCUUCAUUACUGCCUAUGUCUACAGCUUUGUCGCCACAAACAUCUACAGUUGUAUCCCUGUCAUCAGUUGUGUCACCACAAACAUUUAAAGCUGUAACUCAACAAAUAUCUAAAAAUGUGUCCCCUCAAACAUUUACAGCUGUGGCUCAACAAACAUGUACAUCUGUGUCCCCACAAGCAUCUACAGCUGUAUCGCUGCAAUUAUCUGCAGCUACAUCUGCAGCUAUAUCCCCAAAGGCACAUGUAACUGUGUCUCCACAAACAUCUACAGCUGUAUCUCAUCAAACAUCCACAGCUGUGUCUCAGCAAACAUUUACAGUUGUAUCUCAUCAAAGAUCUACAGCUGUGUCUUCGCAAACAUCUGCGACUGAACCCAUUCAAUUGUGUGCAACUGUCUCCCCAAAGACAUCUACAUCUAUGUCUUCACAUACAUCUUCUGUUGUAUCAUCACAAAGAUCAUCUGCUGUGUCUCCAAAAACAUUUACUUGUACAGCUGUUUCUCCACAAACAGCUGCAUCUGCACAAAUUGCCAUGUCUCCCCAAACAUUUGCAGCUGUGUCUCAAUUAACUCCAAACUCAACACCGCAGAAAACAACCCAAUCACCAGCAGUAAAAUCACUGAAAAGUUUAAGAACUAUAUUGCCCAGUCCAUAUACGAAAGCUGUUCCUGUUAACAAGAAACCACCAAGGCUCAUUUUACCAUCACCUAUGAGUUCAUAUGUGAAGAAAACGUUAAAUACAUUUAUAAAAGCUUCACAAAGUAAGGCAGAGAGCAGAAUGAAAAGUUCUCCAACAUUGUCAGAAAUACCAUCAAAUGUUUCUGAUAGGCCCACUACAGUUGAAAUGGCUCUGAAACAAAGCAGGAAAAAAUUACACUCAGAAGUGGGGAUUCAAGUCAACAGUAAGCCAUCCCCAGUGAAGAGAAAAUCAGUGUCUGAUUUUGAGACUCAAACUAUGGGUGACCAUAUACUUAAAAAAGCUAUGCUCAGUGCAAAUAUAGAAAUCCAAACUGAUACAUUUUUCAAAGCACCAACCAAAUCUCCUAGGCGGAGUAUGCGAAAAAAGCUACAAAGCAGUCAAACGCAGACUUCUGUAAGCCCCAAGAGGCCAUAUAAGAAAACACGUAAAUUGAAAACUGACUCGGGAACAACUAUGUCAACUUCAGUUUCGCAGACCCCCAGCAGAUUAUAUGACCCUACUCUGUCUCAGGUGACAAACAGUACUACAUCAGAGGAGAAUAAUUUUGAGGCCCAUAUAGGGAUAUCUCAGACUACUUCCAUUGAAACCCAAACAUUGACCCCAACUGUACAAGAGUUGAGCAUGGGCACCCAAGGUGCAAUUACCCCCACAAUGCAUCAGGUGACUCCCUCAAUGCAAGAGGGCUCUACAAUAGAGACUCAGACUAUGGUCCUCUUAGAGGAACUAGAUGCCUCAUUGGUCGAGAGUAUUUCAACUCAGACUCGUGAUAGCUAUCUAAAAAACACCCAAGAUGGAUCAGCUGUACAAAGUAUGGAGACCCAAACAGGAACAAUUAAUUUGAAGGAUUUAGAGGGAGAUGAUUCAAACUCAUUGGGAUUGUUCAUGAAUUUACUUCCAUCUCCCCCAGCUUAUAGUUCAGCUGUGACCAAUAGUAGACCUUCACCCCCAAGAUAUUCUGCUGCUCAAAAUCUUGAGACUGUGUCUGAUGCACCAUCUGUGAACAUUGGCUUCAGAACUAUUCGCACGUUACUAAAAUCGAACAGCUCAACUGUUGAAAAAUCAGACACGUCAGUAGAUACAUCAAUGAAGUCACCCAUUAUUACCAUGACAACAUCUAGUUCAACAUCAACAAUAAGCUCAGCUUUACCCCCUCAAAGAAAUUCUCAAGAUCCAGUUUUGAACUUUGACUCUUCUUUAUAUGGUCAGAAGACUACAGAGACAUCUAUGUCAGCUUCAACACAAUCUCAGUUGCAAACAUUGAACUUUGACCCAACAUCAAAUACAAGAUUGAACUUGGAUAGUGUUAAAAAGGACCGUGGAGUGAAAACUCCAACUAUAACAAACCUCACAGAUAUCAAUUUUGAUCUUGCAACCCAGACUCCCGAUAUUGAUUUUGAUCUGUUGACUGGUGCGUCCCAUGAUUCAUUAUUGUCAGAUCUUGCCUCCAGUGGUACUCAAACAACAGGGGAUGAUGGGAGUCUGACGGCUCUCUUGGAGAGAGUCCAUACACACACAAUGGAGACUCAAACAAUGGAGGAUAUAUCCUCCCAGUUUCUAAGUAACAUGGAAACUCAAACAGCGGAUGACAUCCUAGCUGAACUUGGAUUAUCAAACAGUGAAACACAAACAUUUAUUGACAACUCUACGACAAACUUCAUGUCAAAUGGUACUACUCAAACAAGUCAAAUUCAAACUGUCACCCUCCCAGAAAUUCCCCAGAAUUCUACUGAGACCCAAACUCGCCUCCAUAGCGUGGGUGGAAACAGCACAAAUGAGAACAUCGAGUCAACUGACAUUGAAACACAGACAUUGUUUCCUGUUUUGGACUUCUCGCAGUUGUCUGACUCUCACACACAGACUAUGCUGGCUGAUAUGAACAGUUUGUUGGACGAGCUGGAGUCGGAGGGCAAUAAGUCAAAAUUGUCGUAA